GUUGACCAUUUGAGAAAGCAUGUAAAUUACUUAAACAUUUUGCUCAAAUUUUUUUAAUGAAGUCCCAAUAAUUUUCCCUUUCAAAUAUCAUUGCUUUGCAUCCAAAAUCAGAUAGAAUGACUCAAAAAAACACCACCUUUAUUCAUAUGUUCUUGGUAGUAUUAACAACCCUAGAAAUAUUGGUUUCCCCAAUUAUAGCUUCAUCAUUUGAUCAUAGAUACAAUGUAGGAGAUGAUGUCCCUUUAUUUGUCAACAUUAUUGGUCCCUUAAACAAUCCCAGUGAAACGUAUCAAUACUAUGAUUUGCCAUUCUGCCAUCCAGAUCAAGUGAUCCCAAAGAAGGAAACUUUAGGGGAGGUUUUUAAUGGAGAUAGGAUGACCAAUACCUUAUACAACUUGAAGUUCCGCAAAAAUAAAGUUGACCAAGUUCUUUGUGAUAAGAAGCUUACGCGAGACGACAUAACGAAAUUAAAAAAUGCUAUUGAUAAUGAUUAUUACUUCCAGAUGUAUUACGAUGAGCUUCCAUUAUGGGGAUUUAUUGGAAAAGUGGAAGAUGAGAGCUUUACAGGUGAUGGGUUGGGACCCACAUAUAUCUUGUUCAAACACGUUCAGUUUGAUGCUCUUUACAACAGUGACCAAAUCAUUGAAAUACGUGCUUUUAGUGACCCAAAUUAUGUUGUGGAUAUCAGUGACAAAACUGAAGUAGAUAUUACGUUCACAUAUUCUAUAUACUGGAAUGCAACUUCAAGCGAGUACAAGAACAGAAUGAACAAGUAUUCGAGAGCUUCAUUGUUGCCUACACAACGACAUAUGCAUUGGUUUUCUUUCAUUAAUAGUGUGGUCAUCAUCGUGCUCCUAACAGGGCUGCUUAUAAUGCUUUUUAUGCGUCAUCUAAAGAAUGAUUUGAAAAGAUAUUCUAGUGUAGAUGAAGAACAAGAUAAGGAAGUGGGUUGGAAGUAUGUUCAUGGUGAUGUAUUCAGAUGUCCUCCACGAAUGGCAUUGUUUUGUGCUGUUUUAGGCACUGGCACACAACUAUUGACCAUCAUUUGCUUGUUAUUUGUUUUGGCAUUUUUUGGGAUCAUAUAUCCUUACAGCCGGGGAACUAUAUCGACUUCUAUAGUUUUGUUUUUCAUUCUUACUGCCCCGGUGGCUGGAUACAGUGCUGCUUCAUUUUUCGGUCAGUUUUCCGAGACUGGAUGGGAAAAAUGUGUUCUUUUAUCCGGGAUUAUAUACAUUGGACCACUUUCUGCUAUCAUGCUGCUUCUUAAUACAGUUUCCAUAUCAUUUGGGUCUACUACAGCAUUUCCUUUUGGCACCAUAGUGGUGAUAUUACUUGCGUAUACUUUAAUUGCAAUUCCACUGCUUGCAUUUGGCGGGAUAAUGGGGUUUCGUUUUAGGUCAAAGUUUCAAGCACCUACGGCUACAAAAAUAUCUCCAAGGGAGAUUCCUUGGUUGAAUUGGUACGGAAGGACUCCUGGCCAAAUGUUAAUCUCGGGUCUUUUACCAUUUAGUGCAAUUGUUCUUGAGUUGCAUAAUGUGUAUGCAACAAUAUGGAGCUAUAAAAUCUUCACUACACCAAGUAUUUUGUUUUUGACCUUUGUCCUUCUUGUCAUACUUACCUCGCUUUUAAGUGUUGGUUUGACUUACAUCCAGCUGACAGUUGAAGAUCAUCAAUGGUGGUGGAGAUCUGUUUGGCGUGGGGGUUCAGUGGCUAUCUUUAUGUUCUUGUAUUGUAUCUACUAUUUUUCAAGGUCAAAUAUGAAUGGGUUCAUGCAGUCGGCAUUCUUUUUCUGCUACAACUUUCUAUUUUGCUAUGCAUUCUUCCUGAUGCUUGCCACAAUAAGUUUCCGUUCAUCAUGGAUCUUCAUGCAACAUAUAUACAACGCUGUGAAAAGUGAAUGAACUUUCGCCAUUGUCCCAAAAUAACGUCCUUAACUCCUUAUAUUAACCAUAUGAACUGGUGGGAUUUUUUAUUAUCCCUUGAAAUUUUGUAAAAGAUACGCAUUAAAUUUGAUGUGUAUGCAAGUGGCCUGAGGUUUGGGUUGAUUUAUGUUUCCCUGUAGGCUGUUUCAUCAUUUCAUUGAUGUAAAUCUUUUAUAGUUAUAUACGAGUAGGUUCUCGUUUCAGAA